AUGCGAAGCUGCCUCCUCGUUCAAGUGCGGCGGCAGCAAGAAGCGGCGGUGACGGUGCAGCGAUGGUGGAGGAAGACCCUCGCCGGCCGUCUGCCGUUUCGUGUUUCAUCCUCGUUCGCGAACGGCAAGUCAUCUGACAACGCCAAGGCUGGCUCUCCGACUUUCCAGUCAACUGCUAUACUCUCUGGCAGCUCCGUCAUCUCCGUUCUGAAGUCGCCGCAGUCUCCCCAGUCGCAAGCCCCCGUGCACCGUGAGGAACGGGAAACCCUAGAGGAGGCAGAUGCCGCCGCAGAGCCCGCAACAGCACAAGAACUUCACUUCCUCAGGCAGAAGUCUGAAACUCAGGACCACGGGAGCCCACAAGUCCUCAACAACGACCUGGAAAGGGCACACACAGCAGAUCUCAACACAAGGAAGGUUAAGACGAGGAGGACUGUGAGUUUCUGCGCUGACAUGUUGCAUUCGGAGGACGAUCCGGCCAAGACGCAAGGGAGAGAGAUGCCAGUCGGAGCAGGCACAUACACAAGACGAAGGGAGUCCACUGUGGAGGCAUGCAUGACGGAGGUGAGACGGCCCAGCGGGGGAGACAUGAUCCCAUGGUGAGUGGUUGUUUCAUUUAGGUGCAAAAAGAGGUCGACGCGAUAGUGGAGAGGGCAAUUAGGCGACACGAAUACAUAGAAUGGAGCCGGAAAAGGAUUUUCUUGACGGUGUUGAGACGGCAUCAUCCCAUCCUCAGGUAGCGACAGGUCUGAGCGAAGGACCCUGCAUCUUCCCUGUCUCAUGUCUCAGUUUGUGCAUUCCCAACCCAGUGCUGACAGGUAUGGCGCAUACAUGUACAUGUCACUUGUCUGCCCGGAUUGACACGUGUCUUCGUGUAUGUAUGCAGCUGUGCAGAGAUGUCUCAUCGGCGGUGCGGUGCUAGUGGGUUUGUCAAUGAUAUCAGCCGCUUUCUACUCUUACGAAGAUGUAUCCAAUAAGCAUGCUGACGACUGCCUUCUCAAUUGUGGGGGCAAGCUGGGCGACUGGGCAAUCACUGCGAGGCGUAAGUGCUCCCAGGUGCCUCUGCACUAACUGACACACAGACGAAUCGUGUUGUACUUGCCGUGUUCUGCAGAGCUCGAUAUUUUUGUGUCGGCGUUGAUUAUCAGCAAGCCGGUAUAAGUGCGAGAGGCAAUCUGUCCAAAGCGGCUUUUUCAUUGCCUGUCAUCGCGUAGGUCCCAUUCUGUAUCUAUUUGCUCUUCCGGAAAGAAGUGCCGGUGAUCGCUCCCAUCGUCAAGCGGCGUGACGAUAGGAUUGGUUUUCGGUCAUCGAUCACCGACAGCCAGGCAUCGGCAUCGGCAUCGGGCCGUGCCAGCUUCACAGAUUCUUUUCGGUGGCCGUUUCGAGCUUCUCCAGACUUCCACAGGAAUAAGACCCUAGAUCGCAUGAUAAAGUCGAAGCGCUCGUCUAUCGACGCGACAGGGCGACAUUCGGGGAUCUUUCCGCUUGAGAUGGUGCGCACGACAACACAUUUCAGCGCUCCAUGUGACUCCCUUCCUUGUUUGUCUCUGCAGAAACUGGAUCGGUUGGAGAAGUGGCGCAGGAAGGAGCGGCUUGGCUUCUUGCUUGCCUUUCUCUGGUGGACCUGGUGCAUCUUCUUUAUCGUGGUGUUUGUCUUUUCGCCAACGCUCGCUGCUAUGGCAAGCGACGAGUUCAGCUCUCCACGGCCAGUCUAUCGAGACUUCGUCGUGACGGCCCUCAUCGACGUGAUCGGACACCUGGUGCUGCAGCCUAUCAUUCAUUUCCUUAUCGUCACGUGUCUCAUCGGAAGCGUGACGAAAACCGGCCUGCUGGACGGCUUUGUUGCUGCCUUUCCACGUUAUCUGGACUUUACUUGGGCAGGUGCCCAUUCGCCUCAGGAGCUGGCGGUGCAGCUGCACGUCAUUCGAGACGCAAACAUCGGCCGGCGUGUUGCGUCAGAUGCCGAGUGGGCGCAAGAUGAGGGCCUCAAGAUCGCCCUCACGGCCGUCAAGCUGCUCUGCCAUGGCCAUCCAAUAAUACUCGAGGAUCAGCCUGCCUCGGAAUACAGGCCUCCCUUCAGCACCAAAGGUGGUCAGCCUGACGAGAAUAUGCUGAAAUCAGCCAAAGAGGAGGCAUCGGAGGUCUCCAGCAUGUCGGCGCGUAAGAGGCAGAUAUUACGAUCACUGCCGUACAUGUCUUCCAACUACGAGACGCAAUGGUACAAGCCGACCGACCGCGUCCGAGUGUCCAUCUCGAUCCAAGCAAUGAACGACAACGCAGAGCACCCGCCCGACGCCUGUAGCCUUCCUGCAAAGCGCCCACUGAGACGCCCUCGCCCAUUGGCGCAGCCACAUGCACUUAUUUCCGUGGAAAAUGUGGGAGACACAGCUGAGACAGAAAGGUUCCAACCACAUCUACAGCAGCCGAAGCUCACGGAAGACGACUCGGCUGCGAGUUGGGGGACGACUUUUACCGACGUGAGCCUUGCCCCGCCUGUUGCAGUAGAGCACCAUCCGUGCCCCGCUUCUAUUCCUCACGAGGGCGCUAAAGAAGGGAAACUUGGGGCGAUCGAAUGGAUCUGA